AUGGACGGCGACGAAAGUGCUCCACUACUCGGCCAGUCCGCAUCACCGUCCAAGUCUCAUCGGGAAAGUCAUACGAAGAGAAGUGGUCAACAGGACCACGACCGGCAGGCCUCCGAAACAACACCUCUUCUGGCAAGAGAGCCGCAGAGAACCUCACAAGAGGAUGUCCGUUCCAUAGCAUCGUCACACGAUGCAUUCCGUCCAGCGACGUCAGAGCAGGAAGCGGACGGAAAAGGAAACAGAGUAAGAUGGCCAGUUAUAAUAUCAUUAGUUACUCUUUGUCUAGCAGCGAUUGCAAUCCUCGUUUUUGGGUUUGCCGCCCCCUCAGCUCUGGACGAAUAUGCAACUCAAGCCGCUGUCAUCGAGCCGAUUGCAGUUUCCAUCGCCGCAUUCACGUCGUCUGGUGUACGAGCCAGAGUCCAAGCUUCGUUUACCCUUGAUGCUUCCCGAGUGGAAAAGCCAAUUGUGCGCAAUUUAGGCCGUUUGGCUACUUGGGUUGGAAGAGAAGUUGAGAGCGGCGAGUCGGACAUCCAGGUUUAUCUUCCUGAGUAUGGGAACAUUUUGUUAGGGACCGCCACCGUUCCCCCAAUCAAGGUCGUCAUUAGAAAUGGCCACCAAAACAGUGUCGACUUCUUUGCUGAUUUAAAAGCUGGCGAUGUCGACGGGAUCCGUGGAGUUGCCAACGAUUGGCUGGAAGGACGCCUUGAGCAUUUGCGUAUCAAGGGGCAAGCUUCAGUGCCUCUUCGGUCUGGUUUGCUCAGUUUGGGGUCCCACGAUGUCUCAGAGACAUUGGUUCUUCAAGGUCAAUCCCUGUACAUGCCUUUCUUGUUCCCCUUUGCAUUCUUUUUGGAUCUGAUCCUAACACGAACUCUGCCAAACUGUGCCCCAGGCGAUAAUUAUAUUCUAAUCGGUAAUGCCACCAGUGACAUUAUUGAGAUUGAACCUAAGCAACCUGUGGUUGCAUCAGUGACUGGAUUUGUUUAUGAAGUUCCUGAUGCACUGACAACCAUCUGUCCUGGCAAAACAUCCUCACCUUUGGACCUUUUAAUACAGAGCUACAUCAAAGGCCUCGAAACCGUUGUUUAUGUUCGUGGAGGAUCCUCGCCUACCCUUCCAGAUUGGCUAGAAAGCUUCUUCCACAGCAUCACAGUCCCAGUUUCUAUCCCUAGCAAAGGGCUUUCAAAUUUAAUCAAGAGAUUUUCCAUGUCCAAUGUGCAUUUCUCCCUUCCUGACCCUUUCGAGGACCCCAAUUCCCCAGAAGCGCAACCGAGAGUGUCGGCCCUUGUAAAGACAGUUGUCGGUCUCCCGGAGGAGAUGAACGUUCCUCUGAACAUAUCACGUGUUCGUACUAUCGCGGACAUUUAUUAUUCUGACGCAAAACUCGGUUAUAUAGAUUUACAAAAAUGGCAAAAUGCGACAGUCCACCGUAUAGAAGGCGGGCAGCACUCUCCAGCUUUACUGGUAGAGUUUGCUAUCAAGAAGGCUCCGUUGCAAAUCGUCGACGAGGAUGUAUUUGCGGACGUUGUUAAAAAGGUAAUAAUGGAUAGAGAAACCAUCUACCUAGAUGUCAAGGCCAAUGUGUCUGCGGAGCUGGAUACGGGUCUUGGGAAGUUUGUACUUCGAGACAUUCCCGCUAGCGGGAAUAUCACUGUGAAAGCUCCGCUUGGGGGAGGAGGUUUCAGCGACUUCCACCCCAAAAUCGAGUCUAUAAGAAUAUCUCAAACAACAAAAUCUAGCAUUUCUCUUGAGACACUCGUAAAUUUCACCAAUCCGACAAGCUACUCCGCAAAUGUUCCUUAUGUCGACAUGGAGGUAAUUUACAAUGGUUCGCGUGUUGCUCAUGUACUGGGUAGGCGUCUGUCGGUAUCCCCUGGCCUCAAUUCUUUGGUUGAAAUUGUGGGGCUCUGGAACCCUUUUCAUGGCGGCGGAUCCGAAGGAGUAAUCGCUGGUCGAGAGCUUAUUUCUAGCUAUAUAUCUGGGUUGAAUACCAGUGUGAGAUUAUCGCCGCAUUCAGGCUCUAUUCCAUCUUUCCCAGCACUUGGGAAAGCAUUGUCGAUGCUCCAAAUCGAAGUUCCGCUACCAAAACUUCAUCUUCCUGAUGACGGUGAUGAGAAUGGGACCCCCGACGAUCGACCACACUUCAUCAAAGAGGCAACGGUAUGGUCUACACUUAUCACAUUCAUGAGGGGACACAUCUAG